AUGAAUAAUUUAGUUGCUCAUGAUCCUUAGCAAAUAGAAAGAUAUAGCACUGUUUAAUAAGAUGGAGUGAUUUGGAAUUAUUGGAAAAAUCCUCCUAUAUCAAUAAAAACAAAAUUCUAAAUCACUGUUACGAAAAAUAAUUAAAUCAUAUAUAUAAAAGAUGGUUCAAUCAUAAGAAUGUAAAUAUGAAUAUAUUUACCUUGAAUAGUGAUUAAAAUUAAGAUCUCUCCAUUUAAUAACAAUAUUUAACUAAUUUAGAAUAGAUAUACAAUUUGCAAUGGAUUGGAAAUUAUGGACAAAAAAAAUAAAAGAUUUCCAAAUGGACAGCUACAUGGAAAGGAGAAAAAAUCCAAAAGGUUUGUGGAUUGUACACUAAUGAUGGUAGAAAACAAGGUUAAUGGAUAGAACCAAUAAAAAAUUAUUGGAAGUUAAUAAAUUAAUUAAUUAAUAGUAAAUGUAAGGUGUACGAAGUUGGUCAAUAUGUAGAUGAUAAGAGAAUAGGAACUUGGAAGUAAUUCUAUUAAGAUAAAUAGAUGUAAAAAAAUAUUCAUUUAUAUAAUUAGAGGAAUUGGGGAAUAUAAUUAAAAAGGUCAAAAAUUUUUAAAAUGGAUUGAGUUAAGUGAUAAUUUUUGGGAGUAUUAUUAAAUUAUAUACGAUGGCCAAUAUAUAAAUGAUAAGAAGGUUGGUUUAUGGGACAUUUUAUGGAGAUAGGAUAUAAAUUCACCAUUUAAAAUAAUGUAAAAUAUACAAUUAUGAAAAAAAAUAAAGUGGGGGAGGGUUUUAUGAAGUAAUCAAUUAAGAAAGUAGUAAGAUUGGGAAAUGGAUUGAGUUGAGUGAUGAAUUUUUGGAAUUUUCGUAGCCGAUUUAUUGUGGUGAAUACAAAAAUGGUAAAAAAGUUGGCAAAUGGGAUAUUUUAUGGAGAUAAUAUCAAAAUUAACCAUUCUAAUUGAUGUAAUAUAGUAUAAAAUAAUAUAGUGGUGGUGGAACUUAUGAUUAGAACAAGGAAAAUAAUAUAAAGAUUGGGAAAUGGAUUGAAUUGAAGUUUUGGAGGAGUAAAUAAAUUUUUUAUUAUGGUGAAUAUUAAAAAGGUAAAAAGAUUGGGAGAUGGAAUAUUUUAUUUGAAGGAUAAAUGAUGUAUGAAUGAAAUUUUUAAUACAAUCUAACUUUAGUGGUGGUGGAUUUUAUGAUGAUUAAAAUUUUGAUGAUGUCAAGUAAGGGCCCUGGAUUGAGUUAAAAGAUAGAUUUGGAUGGGAUUGUUAAAUCACUUAUAAUGGUGAAUAUUAAAACGGUUAAAAGGUUGGCAGAUGGGACACUUUAUUUGAAGGAUAAAUUAUGUAUGUGUGAUAUUAUAUUUAAAACAAUCCAUUGACAGUGCUGGUGGAUACUAUAAAAAUGAAUAACCAGGGGAAAAUGUUAAAAUUGGUAAUUGGAGAGAGCUGAGUGAUGGAUUUUAAACGGAUUCUUAAAUCAUUUAGUAUGGAGAAUAUAAAAAUGGUUAAAAGGUUGGUAGAUGGGAUAUUGAAUGGAGAAAGAAUUAAAAUCAACCAUUUUAAUUAAUGUAAAGAUUUAAUUAAUAAAAACUAAAUAAUUAAGUGGUGGAGGAUCAUAUGGUAAUGACGGCUAGUAUGGUGUUGUUAAAAUUGAAAAAUGGAUUGAAAUAAGUGAUGAGUUUUGUGAUAGUUCUUAGAUUACAUAUGUUGGUUCAUAUUUAAAUGGGUUAAAAUUUGGUAGAUGGGAUACAUAUUGCAAACAAAAUGGUGAAAAUAAAUUGAUGUAAGUAUAGGAUUACAAUUAAUUAGUGGUGGUGGAUCAUAUGAAAAUUAUAAAGAAUAAGGAACUGUUAAAAAUGGAAGGUGGAUAGAUAUAUGUGAUAAUUAUUGGACCUAUUCUUAAAUAACUUAUGUUGGUGAAUACCAAAAUGCCAAGAAAGCUGGUAUAUGGGGUGAAUUCAUAAAUGGAACUUUUAAAAACGAUGAAAUAAAUUAUGAAAAUUGAAUGGAAGAUAAAAUAAUUAUAGUAUUCUGUUUAUAACUGUGUCUAUUAUAAGUAUUUUUUUAUUAAGUUUUAAAUCAAAAGUUGUAUUUUUUAAUUUUAGGAUAAACAUUUUAGUGGAAGGGAUAAUAAUUUACA